AUGAGCGACGUCGGCACGCUCGCCGCCAUGGACGCGUUCGCGGGCGGCGCGAGGCGGAGGCCCUCGCGUCUGCCACCGCCGCCGCCCUUCGUGCCACCGCCACCGCCUCAGCGCCACGACCACUACUACGUGCGCCGCAAGUCUCCUAUCCCAAGACAUACUGCGAACCUUACGCUGUUCGCCCGUAAUAAUGGUACCCCAGCACCAGACAUCCGCAUGCUAUUGCACCACACUCACGCACGCAUCUUCCUUCCUUUUCAACUCGUGCAAUUCUUCCUCCCCCACCCACCCGCAACAUGCAAUCGCAAUGUCAAUGUCACGCUCCGCUCGCUGCAUGUGUACCCUUUGGCAUUUAGGAUCUUGUUAUUGCCUGUUUCAUCAACCUUUAACUAUCAUCAUUCACUAAAACCUCCUGUUUAA